AUGAAGCUCUUUCAUUUGUUUACCUCCGUUGCCUUUGCUUCUCUCGCGGUGGGCAUACCUCUUCGCGAUGUCAUCCUGAGCGCCAACACGUCCUGCCAGAUUGAGGGAGGGGAUGAGGCUGCCAAUUUGGCGUGUCGUGCUAUUUGCGCUGAUCAAGGUCACGGAUGGACGGGUGGGUAUUGUGAUAAUAAGCAGUAUGCUCUUAACCCGAAAAUAUGGCGGGAAGGGGGAAGCGCUAAUGAUGCUAGAAUCUGUCAC